CGGGUCGCGCGGCCUCUCGCGUUUAGUACAGCGCUCAGCAGGAGUGUCGGACGCUCGGCUUCACAGUCGACGACUUUAGUAUUCUUCGUUUAUUUUCUUUUCUAUUCGUUUAUUUGUCACUCGGACCUCACCGCGUCACAAACAUGGGAUGUUUCACCGUAAAUGAGUGAGUUACUGGUGUUACCGUGUUUACAAAAUUUUUAUUUUGACAGUGUCACGUUCACGUGCGGAAUCAAAUUAUUACCGGUUCCGGAGUUUUUAAGUGUUUAUUAUACGUACACGGCCUUCGUUUGCUGCAGGUAGAGCCGGCAGAUCAUCAAAUAGGUGCUAAAGUGUCGGUUUCUGGUAGUACUAAUAAAGAAUUCUUGUGUCAAAAACUUUACAAGUGUUCCGAUUGUGAUUCGUGUGUAAGCGUUGUCGGAAAAAAGUUCGCACGGAUUUGUUCUAAUAAGAUUCUUCUGGGAAACUAGUGUGAAGUGCGUGUACCGGUGAAGUGAAGCCAGAAGGAAGUGCUUCCAACUUAAACAUAACCUUACAUAUUCGAAAGAGGCGCGUGUUGCACGGGCAUGCGCAGUCGGGUCAUCGAAAUUAUUAAUAAGUGCUUCAUAAUUUUAUAAACAAACUGUGACAGUGUUGUAGUUUUGUCGUGGUGCGUCGCUAAACAGCAACGCACGAACGUGUCUGCCGAGGGCCCGCCGUCACAAGUCGGUUGACCGAACCGAAUCUUUUUUUUUUCAAAAUUUAAAGUCAAGGAUAACGUUCACCUGUGGGAUUUCGGUGUUUUACCUGCGCGCGCACAGAACUUCUUUACAAAGGUUGGCGCAGCUAUGAUGUCCUGUCCUCUUCCACUGCCGCUGCUGCCGGCACUUCAUCCACAACCUGCAUUGGCAUCAGACUUCCCCAUCCACAUUGGCAUAAAGGACCCGCUAUUAUCCUGAACUGCGCUGGAAGCCAGUAGAAAGAAACUUUGAUAGAAUAGUGUAAAUAAAAUUAAAGUGCCUAAAGUAUAAGUGCGCGUUCGGACGUGGCGUCUUCCUGCGCAAGCGACAGACGGUCGCAUUACGUGAAAUGGUCAAGAGAGGCUCCGACGAGCUUCUUUCGCAGAGUGGCGUCACCGUCAUGGCGCCCGCCGCUCCGCACCACGCCGACAAUAACAACCAGGACUCUGCUGCGAAAAAGGUGAAACUCGAACAGAAUGUUGGCAAACCGUCGCGGGUCAUCCACAUACGGAACAUACCCAAUGAGACGACAGAGGCUGAGAUCAUACAACUCGGCCUACCCUUCGGCAGGGUCACCAAUGUACUCGUGCUUAAAGGCAAAAACCAGGCAUUCCUCGAAAUGGCGGAGGAGAUAUCAGCUGUGGCGAUGGUGGCGUACUUCGGCGGCUGUGUGGCGCAGCUCCGUGGCCGCGCCGUCUACGUCCAGUUCUCUAACCACAAGGAGCUCAAGACCGACCAGACACAUAGCAAUGCCGUAAUAUUUUUGCAGUCGGCAUCGGCACAGGCGGCGUUACAAGCCGCUCAGGCCAUCUCCAACAGCGCGGGAGCAGCACUCGUGGCCGGCGCGGGCGCCGCUCUACAGCCCGCGAAUGGAGGCACAGAAAUACAGGGUGGUCCUAACACAGUCCUGCGCGUCAUCAUAGAACACAUGUUAUACCCCAUCGUGCUCGACGUACUCUACUCAAUUUUCCAGCGGUACGGCAAGGUGCUCAAGAUCGUCACAUUCACUAAAAACAAUUCAUUCCAAGCCCUCAUUCAGUAUCCAGACACGGUAUCGGCGCAAACGGCAAAAACAGCUUUAGACGGGCAGAAUAUUUACAACGGUUGCUGCACACUGCGCAUCGACUACUCGAAGAUGACGUGUCUGAACGUGAAGUAUAACAACGACAAGUCUCGGGACUACACGAACCCGACGCUGCCGUCGGGCGACGGCGACGCGCACCAGCUGUUGACCAAUGGUAUCUCCGCAGGUGGCGGCGUGCUGGCGCCUCAGUUCCUGGGUCUGGGCUCUGGAUUGGCAUCACCUUACGGCGUUGGCGUCGGCGGCGUGGGGCUGCCGGCCUUCGGCGCGCUGACGCUGACGCCCGCGUCGCCCGCACUCCGCGCCCUCGCCGCGCCGCCGCUGCCGCUCGCCACCGUCUUACUCGUCUCCAAUCUCAACGAGGAGAUGGUCACGCCUGACGCUCUCUUUACCCUUUUCGGCGUGUACGGCGAUGUGCAACGGGUGAAGAUUCUCUACAAUAAGAAGGAUUCAGCUCUCAUUCAGAUGGCCGAACCUCACCAGGCCCAUCUAGCGAUGACCCACAUGGACAAGCUGCGAGUGUUUGGCAAGGCGAUGCGCGUGAUGCUCAGCAAGCACCAAACGGUGCAGCUGCCUAAAGAGGGACAACCUGAUGCUGGACUUACCAGGGAUUACUCUCAGAGCCCGCUGCAUAGAUUCAAGAAGCCUGGCAGCAAAAACUACCAAAACAUCUACCCACCAAGCGCGACUCUUCACCUGUCUAACAUUCCAGCUACGGUGUCUGAAGACGAUAUCAAGGAAGCUUUCACCAAGCGAGGAUUCACGAUUAAGGCAUUCAAAUUCUUCCCCAAGGACCGCAAGAUGGCGCUGGUGCAGCUGCCGUCGAUCGACGACGCGGUGGCGGCGCUGAUCAAGAUGCACAACUACCAGCUGUCGGAGUCCAACCACCUGCGAGUGUCCUUCUCCAAGUCCAGCAUCUAAGUCCCGCGGGGAAUAUCACACAAGCGAGGCCAGCCGGCCACGCUUACAUCGUACCUCUCACACAAAUCGAGAAUUUCCCUCGACUGAAAUUAAAAUAUAUCUGUAUUACGCUUACACGGAUCACUAGAUAUUAAGUGCUAUUUCUAUUUUCUUAAAAUACGUACGUUUACUGUUACUGUACAUCUAAUCUAAGAUAACUAUCAUCACAGUCAAACGCCGCUUAUAUCUACUGUAUUUUCGAUACGAUUCUAAACGGAACGUAUUCACGUAGAGAGGAAUUAUAUUUUGUGUGAUAUUCAUUCCAUAUUUUGAAUAAGUAUAUCGAUUAUUUUAUUUUUAUAAUAAAGUCGUAAUGUUUCCCGGUGAUUACAAUAUAUUGAUUUUGUUACUGAAUUUAUCAGGAUGGUAUUUGUUGCAAUUAGAUUGCGCUAGUUACGUUUGCGUUGUACGGCAACCCUUGUUGUCCGCUCGGGGCACAAUGUCAAACAUUGCCCCGCCAGCUCGUCGGCUAUGUACCACCUUACACUUUAUAUCCAUCACAUUAUAGCACAUUGUUGAAUAACUCUUGGUCACAUAUAAUUUGCAGUUAUUAAUCUUAAAUUGUAUUUUAUAAAUAUAUUUUAUUAUUGUCUAUUUUAAUAUGCACAAUUUACUAUUAUUGCAUUUCUUUAUAAGUAAAUAUAGUUUUGUACGCAUACACAUUUUUUUCUUAUUUGAUUACUGGAAUGUUAUGUUUAGAAAUGUGUAUGUGUGUGCAAUAUUAGUUAUAGAAAUAAUUUUAAUAAUAUAUUUUAGAUAUAACCUGGUGUUGCUUCCAGCCUAGUUCCGUUGUUAGGGGAUAUUGUCUGUUCUACUUCACAUAGUUAUUGACGAUUAGUUAGAGUAAUCACAUCUCUUAUGGCUAAGCAUCUAGUUGUAUAUCACUAUUUAAACGUUAUGUUCAGUGACAUAAUAGUGACAUGAUGCAUUUAUUUUGAUGUUAAUUUAUAUUAAUGGUAGCUACAACAUACAUAUAAAUGCUCGUGCAUACAUUCACUAAGUGGUUAAUUUUAGAUAAUUAUUUAUUUGUGAGCGGUGGGAGGUUUGGCCGACUCGCAUAUAUUUUAGAAUAAUUUUCACUAUUGCUACGAUAUUGCCACACUGCAGUUGGCGACGGUCUAUCAAGUAUUAGCCAGAUCUGAUUUUGCUCUACGACAUAUUUAAUCAACAGUAUUUACACUAGGUCACAAUAACUUCAUUAAACAGUAUUUUAGUUAAUGAGCUGUCCCUUCGAUACUUCGUUUUGUAUAUAGACACACUCCCACUUCAAUAUCUCGCACUUCGCUAAGCUCUCGAUUGGAUUUCACACAUCUUUGCCUUCUUAAAUUAAUUAAAAAAUAUGUCUAGUCCAAUGCAAAAGAGAUUAAGUUUGUGAAUUAAGUGAUUACGUUAUCAAAAUCUUAUGAAUUCGUCACAAAUAUUUAAAGUCUGGUAGGAAAGCUUUUGUAAAAAGAUUGUAUAUGGUAACGGAUUAGUAGGGGGAUGCCGCGAGAGCUACAUUUAGGACCAGUUUAAGUGUUCAGUUACACGUCCACUUUAUGUGAUUAGGCAAAGCAUGCGUGAAACAGAUACCUGAUGACGAUUGUACUGGCAUGUUAAUUAAUAUUGUAAGUCACUAAUAUCAAUCAAUGCAUUACAUAUCUCGACGAUGCCACGCUCGGUAUUCAAUUAGGAUAGAAAAGGGAAUGUAUAUUGUAGGAUAAAUAAACGUAACGGUUCGUGCGACAUGUACAUAGAUUGAGUACGGCGGCCAGGUCGAACCACGUUGUUAUACCACGUCAGGCAGUCUUCACUAUUCCAUUACUUUGAACAUAUCCCAUUGUCGAAAAAUAGUCGCAAAAAUAAAAUAAAAAAAUAAACUUUUAUUUUAGAAAACAUUUGUGAAGUUAUAAAAAUCACAUAUUUACACUAUUAUAAAAUGUAUAAUAUAUAUCACGUAACAUACAUAAGAAAUAAAGAUAGAGCUUAGUAAGAUGAUUAAACUGAAAAAAUAUUAGAUUGUCAUUACGACGUAAGGUUUAAUAGAAAAAUUUAAUCAUAUUGUAUUAAUCAGUACCUACCUAUAAUAAGAACGUAAAAGUAGUUAUUUGGUUUAGAUAAUGUUAGGUGACCAGGGUGUGGUGAUAUUUUGCACGUUUUUGAAAAUGUUUUUCUAUACGGCGCAGGAUUCUGUGCCUGUGUUUUGAAAUGGUGAGGAGUGGUGGUCGAGUGACGUGAAAGCGGCGGUAAUCGCAUUUGUAAUUUUAAUAAUAAUUGUAUUAUUAUUAUGUAUUUAAAUUAAACAAGAAUCGCAAAGAGGAGAUUACAUAUCCAGUGUAGUCAGCGUAGAACGCUACACACAAGCCGCGGUUCCGUUUCGUUUCGCUCGCGUACUACGCGCGUACUACAGUUACUCAGUCGAUUGUGCUCAACACAUUCGUAGAAUGGUCGAAUUAUAUUACUGUGUGUGUAGCGUUUUCAGGCCUAAACUUUUCUCAAUAACAUUGGUAUUGACUAAUAGAUAAUUAUAGGAAUUUAUGUGUUUAGAGAAGUAUUUUAAAUAUCUAGAUUUUAAUGGUAAUAUUAUUAAAAAAUAAUAAAUAGAUCAGUGUUUAGGAUGAGAUGCCAAAUUUAAAGUCAAUACAGAUUAUUUUAGGUAAAAGGUAAUUGAAGUAAUCUUAACAUUUAUUGAAAAGUUGAUGAAAAUGUUACAGUUAAAUUAUAUUUGAGAGUUUUAUUAAGCGCAAUAUAUGCAAUUUUAUUCAUUGUAAGUGAACAUUGUUUCAAUUUGUUAGUUAAAGUUAUGCGUUGAAACAUGAUGUGAAAGUUGUUUUCGAAUGUGUUAUGAUAUCCAUCGUCGCGAUGUGACUAGUUGAAUCGGCGUGGUCUGUCGCCGUCGAACUAUCCUCCGUUAUGUACUUCGUAUGUAUCUCUUGCGUUCCAUACAUAUCUCCGCAUAUCGAACUGAAUAUGCUUAUAUUUUAUUGCGCUUCGUAUUUAUCUCUACUACAUACAUAUAUUAGCUGUAUUUAGUAACUCAUAACGAUGUGGAUAAAGGCCAACAUAUCAGUAAAUAGAACUUGGCUAAGGCGCAUAUAUAAUACUGUCAUGCUCCUCGAUACUUUGCUUCGAUGUUGUCUAUCUUUCGUAAGUCGACAAGUCGUCGUCUAUUUCUUAUUUUAAUUUUAAGCCUUUUGUGUGGUUAAUUUCACUCUUUAUUUUUAAUUUCAUAAUUAAACUAUUAUUAUCAUUGAUA